AUGAAGUACCUCGCGGCAUACCUCCUCCUCGGCCUCGCUGGCAACUCCUCCCCAUCCGCCGAGGACAUCAAGGGCGUUCUCUCCGCCGUCGGCAUCGAUGGUGAUGACGAGCGUCUCAGCUCGCUCCUCAGCGAACUCGAGGGCAAGGACAUCAACGAGCUGAUCUCUGAGGGUUCUGCCAAGCUCGCCUCCGUCCCAUCUGGUGGUGCCGCCGCCCCAGCUGCUGGCGGUGGUGCUGCCGCUGCCGGUGGUGCUGCCGAGGAGGCACCAAAGGAGGAGGCCAAGGAAGAGGAGAAGGAGGAGUCCGACGAGGACAUGGGCUUCGGUCUGUUCGACUAA